GCAAUUUGAAGUAAAAACAGAAAAACUAAAUUUUUGCAAAAUUAUUAGUUAUAUGUAAUAUGAUGAUCAUUAAUUGAUCUUAUUUCAGUUGAAUUGUCUCUUGAUGUGCUCGUUGCUUCCAAACUGAAACUCUCUAUUUCUACUAUAAUUUUGGCAAAUCUGCCAAUUUAUUCACGACCAACUGGCUGGUGGAAAGAUCUACUUAUCUGAGUUUGAGAUCCCUGUGCUGAAGCUACGGACCUGCUAAGGUGUAAAACCUGUUGCAGCACGCUCUUUGUGAGUCUUGACACUCGUCUACUCACUGGCGUUUUUCGACAUGUCUGCCUUGCCAGCUGUUGUUAAUCCGGAUACCUCGUCCACAGAAUCUGUCUUUGAAUAUUCUGAACCUGCAGCGUGUUUGCCUAAGAUCCCGCGUGCUGGCAGUCCACAAUGGGAGGAGUCCUCGUUGACAGCCAAGGACGACCCAGGCGUGGCUGAGUCUGUAUUUCUUCGGGAUUUCGUUUACAAGCAUUAUCCUGUGGGAGAGGAGGCUAAGAUGACGAAGAAUCAGCGUCGUGCGAAGCUGAAGAAGCAUGGGACGCUACAAAAGUUCUUAACCACGGUGCAUUCGUCGGCGAUGAAAACCCAGUUUGCGCAACUGCCGUUCCAUAGUUUAAGCGUUUCCAAACGUUUCAAAGGAAUUCUGGACCACAGUGGACACGAAAAUCACAACGUUGGGUAUUUGUUUAACGAGUUUGACAUUCUUGAACGGAUUGGUUUCGGUGAUUUCGCUGAGGUCUUUAAAGCCAGAUGGAAGCUGAACGGACGGUUGUACGCAAUUAAACGGUCAAUUUCUCGUUUUGCUAGUUGCGCUACAGAGGGUCGACCUUCUGAAGGUCAGUUGCGUUGGAUGGAUGAAGCGUUUUAUCACAGCAAUGUAUCCGGUCAUCCCAAUAUCGUGGAGUGUAUCCAGGCCUGGGAGGAAGUGGGGUAUUUCCAUAUUCAGAUGGACUAUAUGCCGCUUCGGCUCGACGAUUACGCCGAAAAAAUGUACCCUUUAGCCCCAGCUGUAUUCUGGACUAUUUUGACGGAUGUGCUAAUGGCACUGGAGCAUUUGCAUAAGAUGGGAUACUGCCACUUAGAUAUCAAACCGGAGAAUAUUUUUCUGGAUGAGUUUGGAGUGACAAAACUGGGCGACUUCGGGUUAAUAACCCUUGUGGAAACGAACGGAAAGGAAGCCGGGGAUGCGCGUUACAUGCCAUUUGAAUCAUGUGAUUCCACCAAACUGGGUCCCGCUGUGGAUAUUUUUAGCCUGGGUAUCACGAUGUUGGAAUUGUGCACGGAUGUACGCUUGGAUAGUCAUGGACGAAACUGGCGCUUGUUACGGGAGAUACAAUGGCCCGAUGCGUUUUACAGUCGUAUACCGGUUGAGAUGCAGCCCAUCCUUCGCCAAAUGAUGGCGGUUGAUCCCCGUCUGCGUCCUUCCGCUUCGAGUCUUCUGAAACUCGCUCCGAUUUCUCAGUGUGCUUUUCGACGUCAGACAUACUUUUUGAUGCUACCGUUGUUGCGCUGGCAGAAGUCUGUGACUGAGACCAUGGUCAACAGUUUUUACCGCGGAGUCGAUUGGCUGAAAAGCUGGAAGUGGUUCGCCUCGCAGGAUCCGGUGACGACCGACCGGCCUGUUACGCCUGUGGGGAAUUUUAGCGCGUUUGAGCAUUCCUUGCACUUCAGCUUUCUAACAGACACUGGGAAAAAGGACGAUGGAUCAGAAAAUGAGCUGGAAGAGCCGGUUUCGCGACCUGGAAAUUUAUCCAAAAUAUUUGCGGAAUUCGAUUCCGACGAAGAGGCCACAGAAGCGUUGUUCCUGGGUUCCGACCAGGAAGACCUGGACGAUUCAUCGCCUUUUCUCUGUUCUCUGCAAGAGUUGAAAGUCACGGAGGAUAUUGCGGUUGAUAACAAAUUUGUGCCAGUUUCUCCGGAUGACAAUCUCAGCAGCGGUGCUGCGGAGAGCGACGAUGGUCCGGUGGAUUUGAAUGAAGUACACUAUUUCGGAGCGACCGAGCUGGGUUUCGAAGAGGAUGAGAAGGCCAAAUAACGGAAGGGUAUUUUUCUGGAGAAGUUACCGUAAAUUCUUUAUCUCUUACGGUUUUGUUUUACGUUUGUUACCCUGUUCUGAUGAUCGCUUUUGGCGAUUUCUUGCGGUUGAUGAUCUGAAAUCCAGAAUUUUGUUGUUUAUCCAUAGGGAGGUUUACACUUAAUUUUGACGAACUUCUUGUUUUUUUGUUGUCGAAAAUUAAAAUGGAACAAAACUU